GGAAACGAGCAAGAGCAUUCGCUCGUGUCCGUUUAGUGCAAAGUCAUUUACACCAAAAAACGUUUCCCCGCAACGAACGCGAACGAACGUUCGGGGAGAUUAGACCGAGCAUCUAUAGAAUACGCGAUAGUUAUAUUCUCGAUUCGAUCUUCGCUCGAACCUGUGACAACUAUGUUCGAUGGAUGGAUUAGAAUGUUUAUCGUGAGAAAUUUGAAAAUACAAAAGUGCGCAGAGUCUCGCGUAGUAUGUAGAAAUAUACGAACUAUUCAAGUACAAUACUCGCUAUAGCGUUUAGCACCAAGCAAACGGCGGAAAGCGUAGCUCAAGAUGCCGUCGACCAAACAGGGUUUGGCAAGUUUAACCUUAAGGUUAUGGCCGUCUGCAGUCUGAUCUUCAUGAACGUGGCUUUUAGUAUAACAAGUAUCGGUUUUGUAUUACCAUCAGCGGCAUGCGACUUCAGAAUGACCACUGUUGACAAGGGACGCAUGAGCGCCGCCCCCAUGUUAGGUAUGUUAGCAGGUUCGUACAUGUGGGGUUGCUACGCAGCUAUCAAAGGGCGAAGGAUGUCACUAUUGGUCGCGUUAUUUCUACAUGGUAUCUCUGAAUUAUUGGCGUCGGUGGUGCCAUUUUAUUGGGUUUUCCUGUUUUUGAAAUUUCUAAGCGGUGCAGCUAUGAAUGGACAAUCGGCCGUCGUUUUUCUGUAUUUGGGUGAAUUUCAACCGACUAAAUAUCGGGACAAAAUGCUCUCGUGGAUGGAAAUGGCUUGGGUGGUUGGAAUGAUCAUUUUAGCAGGCGUCGGUUGGAUUAUUAUUCCGUUGAACGUGAACAUCGAAACGGACGGCGGUUUCUUUUUCCAUUCGUGGAAUCUUUUCGUGUUCAUAUGCUCCCUUCCAGCCUUGUUGACCGGAACUUGGUUGCUGUUUUUCCCUGAAACACCAAAAUAUCUCGCGGAGACUGGACACAACGUUCAGAUGCUGGACGUUUUAAUGAGAAUGUACUCUGAAAACAGUGGAGAGCCACCGAAAGAGUACAUAACGAAGCUUCGGAACUGCGAGAAUAACAAUUUAAACGAUUUGGUGCACCGAAUAAUGCACACCAAAGAGAGAGAAGAUGUGAGCGAGAAAUCCUUCCAAGUGAUGAUAACUGACAUAUACAUGAAAACCAUGAUGAUAUUGAAGCCACCGUUUCUUUGUAGAACGAUUGUAAUGUGUCUGAUCGCAUGUUUCGUCACGUCCUCUUAUUACACGCUGACUUUAUGGCUGCCAGAACUUUUUCAUAGAUACGCGGACUUUCAGGAGGCGUAUCCCAAUCAAACAGCUAGCGUUUGCACAUUGAAGAGCGCGAAAAAUGUUACAGAAAUAGAUAUGUCAGACGAUCCGUUCGGCUGCAAUUCCAGAGUACAAACUAGCGUGUUCGUGCACACAUUUAUUUUGGGUGCCUCGUGUAUUCCGACAGGGCUGAUAUUGCCAUUAUUUGUUAACUACUUAGGAUAUAAAUUUUUCCUCGUGAUAACAGCUUUCAUUCCUGCUGUCGUGACGGCUUGCCUCUUUCUGGUGGAGACGUCCACCCAAAACUUGGUUCUUUCGUGUGCCUAUGAGUCCGUCACUUCCGUUUGCUUGAGCGUCGUAUAUUGCCUUUUAGUCGAUCUGUAUCCAACGCAUUUAAGAGCAAUGGCGUCCGGUUUGUCUGCCUUUAUCAGUAGAAUAGGUGCCAUUAGUGGUACUCUAAUGAUCGGAUACUUGAUCGACGACUAUUGUACAUUGGUGAUUGUUAUCGUAGCUGCUCAAUUAUUCCUGAGUGGUUUGUUAGCCCUGUUUACACCAGGAAGAAAGAAAUCGAAAGCGAUAGACGUUGAGAAAUCUUAACGACAGUACGGAUUAAGCUAAAGAAAGUGGGACGAAAGAAAAGAAACAAUCAAAAAGGUUUUUACAUUCACAAGAAAAAUUCUAUAUAAUUUACUUUUCCAUUUUUCUUUUUUUCUUAAUAAUAUAAACGCAUUUCGCUUGGAAACAAGAAAUAUAGGCAAUUUUAUCGAUGAGAGAAUUUAAUUAAACUCGAAAUAAUUAGAGGAUCUCUUAUUUAACACCAGAAAGUCCAAUCAAAACGACUAAUUCACAACGAUUGAUAAAAAUUAUUAUUUUCAUUAGUAAGCGUGACAUAAUUAUUUGCAACUCUUUAAGCUACGGUGCUUCUGGUGUUAAAACAUCUUUACUUUCCCUUAAGUUCUGUCAAGUUAAGAGUAUGAAAACAUGUUAUUACUUAAAUGUACGAUAUAAUAUUACAACUUAAAUUUAGAGGAAAGAUAUUAGUGUUAAAUUUACAGUAUUUCUUUCUCGUAAUGGUUAAGAACGUUAAUGUCUUCAUUUCUUGUUAACGAAUUAUAUACUUAUCUAUAUACAUAUACAUAUAUAGAAACACCAUCUUCUAAUAACUAAACUAUCGUGCCUGUGUACUUUCUGCGUAUACUUUAUCACGGCCGGUGUUUGCGUUAUUUUAUACAUUUUUCUUAAUACACACCGGACAUAAUUUAGUAUACUAUAAGAGGAUGCCUGUUAUUGAUCGAGUGUAUUUUGCAAGUGAAGAUUAUUCUUCCUAUACAAUGGCUA